AUGGUCGGCAAACACGGUUCCGAAAAGAACCAGUCUGCCGCGGUCCAAGCCUCAAGUCAGGCCAAGCUCGCAUCUCUGCGUGCCAAGUUCUCCAACUUCAGCCUCGAUCCUGAUGCUGUGUUCAAGAAAAAGAGACCGCCACCCGCUCCUCGCUCCGUCUACUUCAAUGAGCCGUUGCCAGAAGAGGCGUUUGAUACCAAGGGGCGCCCUCAGCAUCCUUACGUGUUUGCCAGUAAUCAGGUCUUGACUGCCAAGUACACCAUCUACAACUUUGUCUUCAAGAAUUUGCUCGAACAGUUCCGUCGUGUUGCCAACCUCUUUUUCUUACUCAUCGUUAUCCUCCAGUUCUUUCCGCAAUUCACUACCAUCAACCCGGGUGUCUCGAUGCUUCCCCUUCUCGCUGUUCUUGGUAUAACCAUGAUCAAGGAUGGCUACGAAGACUUUAAGCGUCAUCAAUCUGAUCGCAACAUCAAUCGCCUCAAAGUCAAGGCCCUCACCGGCGGUGGCUGGAAAAAUCCAAAUGUCAUGGAGUCGAACAGCAGAAGCAUCGCUGCCUCCUUGUCAGCCGUUCACGACAAGCGUCUCGGCGGCAAGAAAAAACAGUCUUCAAAGCUGCAAAAGGAAAUGGCUGAGAAAGCCGAGGCUGCCGCUCAAGAAGGUCACGCUCACCCAGUCGCUUCGCCUAUACCCGCUUCGGCAGAUGCCCCUGGUGGUGGAGGUACCACCGAAGUCAAAGGCAGUGUCUCCGUCCCUGGAGAAGCCAACUUGCCAGUCCGCGCCUCGCACCAACUCGCACGACGCUCCACAACGCGCCACAGCCACUUUGAAUCCGAUUACGAGCAGCUCGAAGACGGUCGCAUCGUGCACGGUGGUCGCAUCCUCAGUGCUGAAGAGGAGCACGCCUUCUUCUCCAAAAAGGCGCCUAGAUGGAAACCAAAGAUGUGGGAGAGCCUCGCCGUCGGUGACUUUGUUUAUCUCACUAACAACGACCCCAUCCCGGCCGACAUUAUUAUUUGCGCUACCAGCGAAGAGGAGGACGCUUGCUUCAUCGAGACCAAGAACCUAGAUGGCGAGACCAACCUCAAAGCGCGCCACGCCGUACCCGAGCUCACAUCCCUGCGCUCGCCCGAAGAGUGCGCACGCGCCUCACUUCGCAUCGACGCUGAGCCUCAGGACACCAACAUGUAUCGCCUCAACGCCAGCGUCGUUCUCAACGAUCGCUUCGACAAGGACGGUAACCCGCUCCAAUGUCCUGUCACACUCAACCAGAUCCUGCUCCGUGGAUGCAAUGUUCGCAACACCAAGUGGGUCAUCGGUGUCGUCAUCAUGACGGGUUGGGAUACCAAGAUCAUUGCCAACUCGGGUGUUACCCCGUCCAAGCGCUCCAAGAUCGAGAAGCAGAUGAACCCAAUGGUCUACUUCAACCUGGCCAUCUUGGCUUGUGUCUCUGUGGCAUGCGCUAUCGCCGACUCUCAGCUCGAGCAGUAUUACUUUGACCGCGAAGCCUACUGGCAGUACGGUGCUGUCCACAGCGAUGACAACCCACGCAUCAACGGUCUGGUUGCAUUUGCAAACUCGCUUAUCACGUUCCAGAACAUUGUACCUAUCUCCCUCUACAUCUCGUUCGAAUUUGUUCGUCUUGCCCAGGCCUACUUUAUCUACGACGAUUACGACAUUUGGUACGAGAAGACCAAUCGCCGCACCACCGCCAAAUCAUGGAACCUUUCAGACGAUCUCGGCCAGAUCGAGUACAUUUUUAGCGACAAGACAGGCACGCUCACGCAGAACGUCAUGAUCUUUCGCGAGUGCGCAGUCGCCGGGGUCAUCUAUCACGGCGACGUCUCUUCACCUCAGCUUGGUGCUUCAGACACGACGACCACCGACGUACCUACGGCCAAGAAUUCUGAUAAUGGCGACGGCUCCACCAAUGAUGGUUUUGCAAACAAGGGCUCCCAGCUCUACCGCGCAGCUAGCUCCAAGGUCAAUGUCAAGCCUCUCAACCCUGAUAUCCCUCCCUUUAGCGAUCAGGGACUGGCUGAAGCUUUGAGAGAUGCCGACUCGGAACAUGCAAAACAGCUCGGUAACUUCUUUCGCUGUCUUGCGCUUUGUCAUACGGUUCUGGUCGACAACCUUGAAGACGGCAGCAUCGAGUACCAAGCACAGAGUCCCGACGAGCAGGCGCUCGUGCAAGCCGCAGCCGACGUAGGCUUCAUCUUCCUGGGCAAGGAUCGUCAGACGCUCCGAAUCCUGACACCGUUCUCGAAAGAGCCGGAGGUCUACGAACUGCUGGUUGUCAACGAAUUUUCGUCGGCACGAAAGAGGAUGAGUGUCAUUUUGCGAAGAAUGUCAGAUGGUCAAUUGCUUAUGCUGGCCAAGGGUGCCGACAGCAUCAUGUUUGAGCGUGCUCGCGCAGGACAAGAAGAGCUCAAGCAAGACACCGAUGCAGCGCUGGAGGAAUUCGCUAACAAGGGCCUGCGUACCCUCUGUCUCGGUGGAAAGGAGCUGACUACAGAGUUUUAUGACGACUGGCAGCAUCGCUUUCAUUUGGCAUCCGUUUCGAUCCAGGAUCGUGAGGAAAAGAUGGAAGCGCUCGCGAGCGAGCUGGAAAAGGAUUUUGAUCUGUACGGUGCCACUGCCAUCGAGGACAAGCUUCAGGACGGUGUACCCGAGACUAUCGCCGACCUCAAACGAGCCGGCAUCAAUGUGUGGGUGGCGACCGGAGACAAGCUGGAGACUGCUAUCGCCAUCGGUUACUCAACUAUGCUGCUCACCGAAGACAUGAACUUGGUCGUUGUUCGUGGUGGCGAGUACGGACAGCCCAACUCAGCCUACGAGCAGCUGCGAAAAGCUGUGAUUCGCUUCUUUGGUGGACCUGCCGUGCUCAAGGAGAUGGACCACCAGCCACCCGGGGAGGAGCCCGAAAGCCGACGAUCCUCGUUUAUGUCGCGCCGACCUUCGCUUCAUAGGAACCGUCGCAGCAGCGUCAGUCAGGUCUCGCUCGUCGGCGAAGACAACGGACAACGCACAGGAGGAUUUGCUCUCGUCAUUGACGGGACCGCACUCGGACACGCGCUCAGCGAGGACUUUAGCAAAGAUCUGCUGUUGCGCAUCUCGACGCAGUGCAAAGCUGUCAUCUGUUGCCGUGUUUCGCCGUUGCAAAAGGCGCUGAUCGUUCGACUCAUCAAGGAUGGCCUUGGUGUGAUGACACUCGCCAUCGGAGACGGAGCCAACGACGUCAGCAUGAUCCAGGCUGCCCACGUUGGUGUCGGCAUCGCCGGUGAAGAAGGUCUGCAAGCCGUCAACUCGUCUGAUUAUGCCAUCGCGCAGUUCCGCUACCUCAAGCGUCUCGUGCUUGUCCACGGCCAUUGGUCGUACUACCGAAACUCGGUCAUGAUUGCCAACUUUUUCUACAAGCAGUUCAUUCAAGUCGGCACGUUGUUUUGGUUCCAGAUCUACUGUGCAUGGUCCACAACGCAGGCGAUCGACUACGUCUAUAUCUUGCUCUGGAAUGCGAUUUGGACCGUGCUGGCCGUCAUCUGCCUCGGAAUCUUUGACCGCAACAUCAACGACAAGGUUCUCAUGCAGGUGCCCGAGCUCUAUCACCAAUCGCGCAAGGGCGCCUACUUCGGCCUCAAGCCAUUCCUCAUCUACUUCUUAGAUGGUAUCUACCAGUCGGUGGUGCUGUUCUUCUUCUUUGCCUACUCGUACAACACAACGACGGCACGCAACGAUGGCUACGAUAUUAAUCUGUACGAAUGGUCGACGGGCAUGGCGAUCGCGUCGGUAUUGGUGGCUAAUCUGUUUGUCGGCCUUAAUGCGCGCGCAUGGACAUGGUUCAUCUUUAUCGGUGUCUGGGCCGGUACAGUGGUCAUGUUUUGCUUCGCACCAAUCUACGCUGCGUUCUCCUCGACUUAUUCUUAUGGUAACAAUUUGUUCCUGUAUCGGUCGAUCCAGUUCUGGACGUUGGGAUUCCUUACGUGCUUCUUGGCGCUUUUGCCGCGUUUGUUGGCGAAAUGCUUCCGUCAGUCGUACUACCCGACUGAUGUGGACAUCUUGCGAUACGUAGACAAGCGACAUAAUGACUAUGACUUUACACGCGAUCCAGCGAUUCCGCAUGCGCAUGCUGAUGGGGCAGUCUUCUCCGAUGCGGCGGGCCGACCGAGCAUGACGCAUCACACUUUUGCGCCAUUGGUUCGUGCAGCUACCUCGACGUCGAGGUUCGAUGCGCCCGUCGAUGGUGCUCCAUUGGGAGGUGUGCAGAUGCACGAGCUUCGACAGACGGCUUCGCGCGCCAGCAGUACACACUACGAUAUGCUCACUGGCGAACAGCGGCCGAAUCGAGGUUACACGUUCUCGUCAGACGAGCCGACAUCUCUGCACAAGAGGAAGAGCGUCAAGGAUCGCCUAGUACCGGACAUGUUCAAGAAGAGUUUGAGGAAGAACAAGGACGAUAAGAAGCGCUUGACGAUGAUCAACCAGGAAGAGGAGGAUGUAGUCGAAGAGCGUCUAGCGUCUUCUUGA